AUGUCGUUUUGGCCGUUUAACAAUUCUUCACUGAGCAACAAUACGUUGUUAAAAUUUUUGGAUUCGAUUCAUGAUCUUUCAUCAGUGAGUGUUGAUGAUAUUGUCAAGGAUCAAACCUUAGUUCAAGAAUUGCUCAAUGAAUUGCAUACUGUUAAAGGGAACAUCAACAAGGGAGGCAAUUUCCUAUUCGCACAGUCCAAUCCCGAUUCCACUCAUGCAUUGUCAGACUCGGCGUCUUUGAAUUCACAAAAUAAUGACAAUAAUAAUAGUGGGUCAAAUAAAGAGUCAAAGGGAAUCAAAUUGAUUGAGCUUUUGAUACAACCACAUAUUUUAUCAGGACUCAUUGAAAUUUUAGAGAAUAGUGUCGACUUUUUUUAUCAACAAGGUCUAAAGGAGGAGGAGAAUAUCAAAAAGGCAUUAGCAGAGCAUACACCAGCAACUGAUUUAGAAGAAGUGGAUGAGAUAAAGGAGGCAAAAGGUGAAGACAAAGAUGAAGUAUUUCGCAGAUCAGUUCAAGCUACGGCUGAUAUUCUUUCAUUUGAUAUAUCAAUCAUCUCUAGCAGAAUAAUCGAGACACCCAAUCUUAUCAACAAACUAUGGCUGAUAUUAAAAUUGGAGCAUUUAGAGGAAAACUACCCAAGUGUAUCUUAUCUCGUGCAUAUAUUAGAUCAAUUACUAGAGUUUAAUAGUAUUGAGCUUUUAAACUUUAUCAGACGGCAAGAUGAUCUCGUGGACACAUUCUUGGCCAAGAUAGAGGUUCCAGCAAUAAUGGACUACUUUUUUCGAAUAAUUCAAACAGAUAAACCAGACUCACCGACAGGAAUUCUUGACACCAUUGCACAACAAGAUGUUAUUCUAAAGUUGGUCGACAUUUUGAAACCUCAGCCCGUGCAAUUUGACAAUACACCAUACAUUCCUGACCAUCAGCUAUACUUUCGACAAAGCUCUGCUACAGACUUUUUGAAAGCUUUGAUUACAAUAUCAUCUAAUGCUGCUUUGGCUGUUGUAAUGGAGACAAAUAUAGGACCUAAUCAGUUAACGCGACAAUUGGUGUCGCCAGAAGUAGUGAACAUCAUUGUACACGAGAUCAUGUUGCAAAAAGUGCAAGGGAAAAGUGGCAAAACUCAAACCAAUAAACACGGAAUCAAUAACUGUGUCAGCAUAGUCAUUGAACUUAUUAGGAAGAACAAUUCUGACUAUGACUUGAACUGUGGCUCAUACAGUUCUUUACUUCAAAAUGGCGAUGGAGGUCCUGGUGAAAUAAACUCAUAUGUCAUGUUUCAGUGGCUUAAAGAUUUUGAACAAAACCCACCUGGACCUAGAGAUCCCAUUUAUUUGGGAGAUAUGUUAGAGAUUUUCUCUGUUAACUUGCAUAGAUUCGAGGAAUUACUAGAGACAGAACCAAUACCACCCAAUGGGGUGACAUCAGACAUCUUGGGCUUCACGAGGUUCAAAAUAUCUGAGCUUAUUGCCGAGCUUCUUCAUUGUUCCAAUAUGACUUUGUUGAACUCUAAAAAGAUUAGAAAAAUAAUUAGCAUAAGAGACCAUAUUCGAUUACAACAAUCAAAGCGUUUAAAGAAAGCUUUAGAUGAAAAGAUUGCAUUUGUGGAAUCUCCAAAUAUUCAGGAUGUCACUUCUGGGUUAGAUGAUGUGUCAUUAGAUGAUGUUCAAUUUGCUGAUGAAGACAAGCAUGAUUAUUCCAAUUUGAUUAAAAACAUAGAGUCAAUUGAAGAUUCAGAAGAUGAAGAGCCUUCCAUAUCACCAGAAAACCCAUUUGUCUGUGAAGAAAGAAACAAAGCAAUCAGGCUGGAUCCUUGUGUAGGGGACCUUUUCAAAAUCAAACUCAUUGACCUGAAAGUUUUGUUAAGUAUUGUAAGCAAAUUCACCAAGUACGAAUGGAACAAUUUUUUCCAUAACGUGGUCUUUGACUUGGUGCAACAGAUAUUCAAUGGAAAACUCAACUCAUAUAACUCUUUUUUAAUAGUGGAACUAUUCAAAAAAGACCAAUGUGAUUUGACGGAUCUAAUAGUGAGAUCCUAUGAAAACGAAGUUGAACCUCGACCAGGCUAUAUGGGACAUUUGAUUCUUAUUGGGGAGGAAAUUGUCAAGUUCACCUCGUUGUACAAGCCCGAUCUUAUAUCCCACACGAUAGUUGAAGCCAUACUGAGCGAGAAAUGGAAUUGGUUUGUUAAUGAUAUCUUGACAAAAACGAGGGAGGUUUACAAUGUAGUCUUGGGUGCUGACGAAGGAGACACAUUUGACAACACAGAUGACUAUGUAGACCCAGAUGAACCAAAGAAAAUCAUCCUCGGUGACACUUCCAAUCAUGAAGAGUUUGUCCAUGACGGUGAGAAUGAAGACGAGGAUGAAGAUAUGGAUGGGCCCAAAGUUGCUGAUGUCGAGGUGGGGAAAAUGACCCCGAGUGGUGAUAUAACCCAACAUGCUGUGGAUGAGGAUGAAGAACUAGGCGAUCCAUUAGAAAACAAUGACGUAGAUCAUUUAUCAGGAAGUUCAUCUGAUGAAGAUGAGGAAGACGACGGGAACGUAUUACGAAGAGUGCCCAAUCAUAAUGAGUAA